AUGAGCCACAAAGCGUCGACUUCUAAAAAGACCGAGGAUGAUUAUUUGGAGGAGCGCAAACACCAGGCGACCAAGGAAUUUGUCAAAAAGUUAAAAGGCUACAUGAUCAAAAAGGACCGCUCGAACGACGCCCUCCAGCUGUUGAUCAACAAGCAGAAAGAUGGGCUGUAUACGAGGAAGAAUAAGGGCCAGAUUGUUCCCCUGCUCAACGAGGCACAGAGAACACUCGAGUCCGAACUCGACUCGUACCGCAAGCUCAUCUCGGACGUUGAAAAGAUCCGACAACGCCACAAGGACGCCAAGAUGGAGGGGCUGGUGCGGAGACAGACGCUGAUGGCUGUUGUGCACAAUGAGGCCGCUGCCCUGCCGCUCUACAUCGACCCGCACGCCCCGUACCCUUCGUAUGGUGUUGGCGCGAUUGGCUACCCGGAUUCGCAUACCUUCGAAAAAGGGGAUUUUGUUGCCGCUAAUAUUGAGGAGAAUUGGAUUCUGGCUGAGGUUGAAGAUGCGGUGUCCAAUGCGAAGGUCAGCGUCAAGGAUAUUGAGGACGGAAAAACCGAGAUCGUCGUCAAGCGGAAAGUUCUCGGGCUUCCGGAAUAUCGAGCCGACCCGCUACGAGACGCGCACGCCCUGUUCCCGGUUGAUGCCAUCGUGCUGGCGCUGUACCCACAAACUACAUGUUUUUAUAAAGGCGCCGUCGUCUCCACCCCAAAAUGUGCGACCGAAGACUAUUUGAUUGCUUUUGAAGACCCAUCGUACGCCGGCGGCUACUCAACCCCGAUGCCGGCAGCGCAACGCUACGUCCUCACCUACCGCGAGAUCAAGCGCAGCCACAAGAAGAAGGAGGUCUAUGAAGAU